CUUAAGUGUCUAGGUGUGCCUAGUGCAUGUUAAGGCUUAACUGAUUAGUUUCCUGAAAGGGAAAUGGGGAUGGAAUAGUAUUUCACUCUUGAUUGAACCAAUUGGAAUGUGGCUAUGAGUUCUUGCCCAUAUUUGAUGUAUGUUGAAUGGUUUUUCCAUAACUUUUUAAUUCUUAAAUGUUGGAAUGAUUGUCCUUCUAUUUUAGAACUAUCCCUCUUUUUCUUCAACUUAUCUUAGAAUCUUUUUCAACUUUUGAAUUCUUAAAUGUUUGCAAAUAGCAUAUGGUUGUUUAAUAUGGGAAGGGUGGUCUAGCAAAUUAUCUUGGAAGGGCCAGAGGGUUAGUUUGUUAUAAUGAAGGUUAAGGCAGAAGAGUUGAACUUUGGAGUUGGGUGCAUUUCACCUGCUGCCAAUGGGCAGCGUGGCCACCACCAGGCCGCAUGGGGGAUUGCAGGCUGUCACCUUUAGGUUUAAUUGCAUGUAAUUUCGAACUUUAUCUCCUUUAUUUCUGAAUUUGUUAAAUUGCUUACUUGCUCCCACUGGAUCGUCAAUGAUGGUUUGUGACUUGUGAGCCAUUUUCUGAAGACCUAUAGACAGAUUACGAUGGGCCAUUUUCACAUAUUCUGUUGAGCCAUUGCUUUAAUGGAGAUGAUUUUUGCUUGAUGUGUGGAGCUCUAGAAAUAAAUGUGAAAUUUGGUAAUUUUAGGUCUCUCCCUUUUUUUUGUUUUGUUUUGUUUUAUUUUAUUAUUUUCUAAGUUUGUAAAUGGCCAUUAUUAAUUUUCUAAAAGUAGUAUAUCAAAAAUACCAAGUGUAUAAAGUUGGAAUACUAAUGCAUCCUUUGUUUGGUGAGGUGGGAUGGCUAAAAAAAAUGGUAUGGUGAGGUGAGCUGGAAUUACUCCAGGCAGUCUUGGAUGUAAUUGAGUUUGCAAAUUGAAGGAGACUAACAGUCCGUUUGGUUGGCCGGAAAUUGGAUUUCGGGGGACCUCAUUGUAUAAAGUUCACCAUUAUUU